AUGACAUCAAACACUGAUGCAGCCGCAGCGGCCCAAACGGCCUCUCCCCUUCGAUUAUCUCCCGUGGGGCAGGCUCAACAACCUAAACUCACAACCACCAUCGCCCCGGACCUUCACCCAGAUGAUUCUGGAGAUGACUCCUCUGCAAGAGGGGAGAGCAUUGCUUCCUCCAGCACUAGCGUGACUGACUCUGUACUUCAAUACCGUCUUGAAAAUGGAAGGACAUACCAUAAGUACAAGGAUGGCAAAUAUGCCAUUCCCAAUGAUGAGCAAGAGAAGGAGCGCCUUGAUGUGCAGCACAACAUGUUCCUACUCACUUUCGACAAUCAACUCGGAACUGCACCUCCCAACAAGAAGGACUCUGUUAUUGAAGUGAAUAGAGUUCUGGACGUUGGAACUGGAACUGGAAUUUGGGCUAUAGAGUUUGGGGACGAGCACCCCGAAACUGAAGUUCUUGGGGUUGACCUUUCGACAAUUCAGCCAGUAUCCACGCCCCCGAAUGUGAAAUUUGAGAUUGAUGAUAUUGAUGAAACGUGGACAUAUUCGCGGCCCUUUGACUACAUCCACAGCCGAAUGAUGACAUCCAGCAUCGGGGAUUGGAAGGUAUAUCUCCAGAAGUGCUACGAUCAUUUGAGUCCUGGAGGAUACGUAGAGUUGAACGAAGUGGACCUCAAAUCCGGGUGCGAUGAUGGGACUCUCAAGGAUGACCACGCAUUGCUGAGAAUGGGUCGCCUGUGGGGUGAAGCUGCGGAAUAUUUUGGCCGACCUUUCCAAAAUAACAGAGACUUGAUCACUAUCUUGAGCGAUAUCGGCUUCGUUGAGAUACAUGCCCAAACCUUCAAGUGGCCCUCGAACCCCUGGCCGAGGGAUAAGAAGCACAAGGAGCUCGGGUACUGGAAUUACGAGAACUCUAUUGCAGGCCUUGAGGGCUUCAUGAUGGCGCCUUUUACGAGGGUUCACAAUUGGACUAAGGAAGAGGUCGCUGUGUUUGCUAUGGAGGUUCGGAACGAGAUGAAGGAUCCUAAGAUUCAUUCGUAUUCCAACAUCUGGUCAAUUUAUGCCAGAAAGCCUACGGAAGAGCAGAAAACUAGCGGAUGA